AUGGGAAACACCACUACAAAAUAUAAAGACAAUAAAGGGAAAUUAAAUAUCGAAAAUAUACUGAAUGUAUGUCGAUAUAUUAAUAAAGAAGAGGAUUAUAUACAAAUGAUGAUGGUGAACAAGAAAUACAAAGAGAUUCAUAAGAAGAUGAAAUACAAUCCAUUCAGUAUUAAAUCAAAAAAGAUUUUUCCUAAAUUAACAAAUCAAUUUUUAUAUUCAAGAAAUGACAAUAAAAUUAAAGGAGUUCAUCAUAUUUUAGUUGAAGUUAUUUCAUAUUCAACAUAUAUGAAAGAAAUAGAUGAUGAUAUUUAUUGUUGUAAUAUUAAAUAUGAAGAAGAAGAUAAAGAAGAAUAUGGAGAAAAGAUAGAAAAUGAAUGUAAUUGGAUAGGCAGAUAUUAUGAUAGAGAAAUUACAGAAAUAAGAAUUGAAGAACAUAUUAAACAAUGUGUUGAUGAAUGUUUUAAUGGAUAUACAAGUUUAACAAAAAUAGAAUUAUCACCACAUCUCUAUAAACUUCCAUUUAAAUGUUUUAAUAAUUGUAAAUCAUUAAUAAAAAUUAAUAUUGAAUAUGUUACAUAUAUUGGAGAUAAUUGUUUUUCAAAUUGUACAAGAUUAAAAGAAAUACGAAUGAAUAAAGACAUUGGAUAUGUUGGGGUAGUUUUUGGAAUUGUAAAAGUUUAA